CUCUAUUCCUCUCACUUCGCCACUUGCAAAAGCUACUGAGAAAAGCUCUGCAGCUGGAGCUCCUCCUCUGCUCCCAUGGCUUCCCGCUUCCUAAUGUCACUCUUCGCACUCUCUGCGAUAUCUCUCUCAGCAACACUCGCUAUCAACACCACCACAACCACCGCCACCUCCUCCUCCUCCUCCUCCUCCUCCUCUUCUUCUUCAACCUCUCUCACCACCCACCAUCUCUCUUCCGUCAAAUCUUUCUGCUCACGCACACCCUAUCCAGACUCUUGCUUCGACUCACUAAAGCUCUCCAUCUCCAUCUCCAUCAGCCCCAACAUCCUCACCUUCCUCCUCCAGACCCUUGAAGCCGCCAUCUCCGAAGCCGGGAAGCUCUCCAACAUCCUCCAAACCGCAGGCCACGGGAACAUCGUGGAGAGACAGAGAGGCACGAUUCUGGACUGCCGGGAGCUGCACCAGAUCACGGUGUCCUCCUUAAAGAGAUCGGUCUCGCGGGUCCGGGACGCGGACGCCCGGAAGCUGUCCGACGCGUGGGCCUAUCUCUCGGCGGCCCUCACGAACAAGGACACUUGCCUGGAAGGCCUGAGCUCUGCAUCAGGGUCACUGAAGCCACUGCUUGUGAGUUCACUCAUCAGCACUUACAAGCACGUGAGCAAUUCCCUGUCCAUGCUCGCGAAAUCGGCCACUCCGAAAGGGAGAAAAGGCCGCCGGUUGAUGGGCUUUCCAACAUGGCUGUCGCAUAAGGACCGCCGGAUCCUGCAGAGCUCCGGCGACGAGUACGACCCGAGCGAGGUCAUCACGGUCGCGGCCAAUGGGUCGGGGAACUUCACCACCAUAUCAGAUGCCAUCGAUUUUGCUCCUAACAACAGCUAUGAGAGGACAAUCAUUUACGUGAGGGAAGGGUUUUAUCAAGAGAACGUGCAAGUCCCGAGCUACAAGACCAACAUUGUGUUGCUGGGCGAUGGAGCCGGCCUCACCUUCAUCUCCGGGAACAGAAGUGUGGAUGAUGGUUGGACCACAUUCAGAUCUGCAACUGUUGCUGUUUCAGCUGAAGGCUUCCUUGCCAGGGACAUAACCUUCGAGAACACGGCCGGGCCGGCAAAGCACCAGGCAGUUGCUCUCCGAAUCAGCGCAGAUUUCGCCGCGCUCUACAGGUGCUCCAUCCAUGCCUACCAGGACACUCUAUAUGUCCACUCCUUCAGGCAAUUCUACAGGGAGUGCGACAUCUCGGGGACCAUCGACUACAUCUUCGGCAACGCAGCCGUCGUCUUCCAAGGCUGCAAUAUCAUCUCCAGACAACCUCUGCCCGGCCAGUCCACCAUCGUGACGGCCCAAUCCCGAGACAACCCGGACGAGAACACGGGGAUCUCGAUCCAGAACUGCACGAUCCUGCCCUCGGACGACCUGUCGUCAGACGUGAAGAGCUACCUCGGGAGGCCGUGGCGGAUCUACUCGAAGACCGUGGUCCUCGAGUCCUACAUCGACGGGUUCAUCGAACCGAGGGGGUGGACCGAGUGGGCGGGCGACCAAGGGCUGGACACCCUGUACUAUGGGGAGUACGAGAACAAUGGACCUGGCUCAGGCACUGAGGGCAGAGUCAGUUGGCCUGGGUAUCACAUCAUGGACUACUACGACGCCUCCAACUUCACGGUGUCCGAAUUCAUCACUGGUGAUGAGUGGUUGGAGUCCACUUCAUUCCCUUACGACGAUAGCAUUUGAAAAAAGAUACAGUUUUGGUCAUCUGGGUAACUUCUAAAUUGCGCUGUAUCUUCCCCAAAUCACCAUCCAAAAUCGACUGCUCAGUAAGAGCCAUGAUUUGCAGGACAGAUAGAAACUUUCUUUUGAGUGUAUAUGUAUGAGGCCACGUUAAAUGGGAAUCAAUAUUUGAUUGCCAUUAAGAGGAAUAAGAUAUCUUUCAUAGGACAA